UCCCGACGCCCGGAGAACGCCAGCCACUCCAACAUCGGGAGAACGCCGGCCGAUCCCGACGCCCGGAGAACGCCGGCCGAUCCCGACGCCGGGAGAACGCCGGCCGAUCCCGACGCCGGGAGAACGCCGGCCGAUCCCGACGCCGGGAGAACGCCGGCCGAUCCCGACGCCGGGAGAACGCCGGCCGAUCCCGACGCCGGGAGAACGCCGGCCGAUCCCGACGCCCGGAGAACGCCGGCCACUCCAACAUCGGGAGAACGCCGGCCGAUCCCGACGCCCGGAGAACGCCGGCCGAUCCCGACGCCGGGAGAACGCCGGCCGAUCCCGACGCCGGGAGAACGCCGGCCGAUCCCGACGCCGGGAGAACGCCGGCCGAUCCCGACGCCGGGAGAACGCCGGCCGAUCCCGACGCCGGGAGAACGCCGGCCGAUCCCGACGCCGGGAGAACGCCGGCCGAUCCCGACGCCGGGAGAACGCCGGCCGAUCCCGACGCCGGGAGAACGCCGGCCGAUCCCGACGCCGGGAGAACGCCGGCCGAUCCCGACGCCGGGAGAACGCCGGCCGAUCAGGACGCCGGGAGAACAGCAGCCGCUCCAACAUCGGGAGAACGCCGGCCGGUCCCGACGCCCGGAGAACGCCGGCCGCUCCUUACGUCGGGAGAACGCCGGCCACUCCAACAUCGGGAGAACGCCGGCCGGUCCCGACGCCCGGAGAACGCCGGCCGCUCCUUACGUCGGGAGAACGCCGGCCACUCCAACAUCGGGAGAACGCCGGCUGAUCCCGACGCCCGGAGAACGCCGGCUGAUCAGGACGCCUGGAGAACGCCGGCCGAUCCCGACGCCUGGAGUACGCCGGCUGAUCCCGACGCCUGGAGAACGCCAGCUAAUCCAGACGCCCGGAGAACGGCGGCUGAGGAACUUCUGGUUGAAGUGUAUUUAUACCAAAUGA